CUGACGUGCCCACAAAAAAGUCAUGGACAUACACACACCCUGAAUCAUUAAUCAAACUUCAGCCUACAGACAAUAAGAGAAGGAGGUCCUAACGAGGCAAACGAUGAAACUUAAGGGUUAGCGUUAGAGUGUUGUUUGGAGUACAGGUUUGUGUUUGGCGGUUAUAGUUAAGGUUAGGAUAACUCCUCAGCCAGUGAAUGGAAAUUACCCCUUUAGGACUAUUUAGACUGGAUGACAGAGAAAGAGGAGGUUUCUAUGACUUCUGGGAUCUGAAAAAUAUUUCAGCCGAUUCUUUUACUGGAUCCAUAGUUACAGGAUCAAACAGAGUCACGAUAACAGCAGCUUCUAAAUUGGACUAUGACGGAUAAGAUAAACGAUGAAGUCCGCUAUCACCAGCUCCCAUGAUGACCCACAGCCUAUUUACGAAGACCUGGAUGCAUCGAUGCUUGCCGUCACAGAUGGAGGCCAGUCAGAGGUUAAAGUUAAGCCUGUGCCUCGUCCCAGGUCUAAAUUGCCACCAAAGACCAAGUGUAACACCACUGACAACAACACUGUUGAAACCGUAGACAAAACCAGCGAUACAACUGAUGCAGUGGAUUCCCACAUUUAUGAAUGCAUUGAAGAUUAUAAGAGGCUCCAACCUGUUGAUCCUCCGCCAAGACCACCAGGGUGCAGAUAUGUGACCUCUUUUAAACCCACAGCAGGAGUCAAUGGAGGCAAUCACUAUUCUCCAGCUGUCAGUACUGAGAGCAAACAGUCUCCUCAGAAACCCAGACGGCCCCCUCUUCCCGCCAUCUACUGUGACACACCACCAUCUACAAUGAGGCCAACAUCUGAGCACACAGACCGUACGGACAGACCUGCAGUUCCGCCUCGACUCCUCCACUCUACCUCACAGUGUGAAAGCUCGCCUCCACAGGCCCAACCCCCACUACCUCCAUGCAGACCUCCACCCUCGUCUUCAGUAGGCCCAUCAGAGUCAGUCUACAAUGAGACAGAGUAUCGUCCCUAUCUGGUCAUUCUGCCAGAAAACAAUGAAGAUAUUGUGACAAAAGCCAGGUCGACACUUCGUUCUGGACAACAUGAGCAGAGUGGCUGCUGCCCUUCUCACCCACAGACCACGCCGGACACAGAGGACAUCUAUGGGAUGUUGAGAUGGUUGAAAAGAGUGUCAAAAUCUGAUUUCAUGGCUCCGUCACUGUAUGGCCUCACUAUAGAGGAAGAAAUCAGUUUGUUUAAUCAGAGAGCCAUGAAUGUGAGAAAGGCACUGCGUCUCUUCAACCUUCUCAUGAUGAAACGCAAUGAAAGCCUGCGGGAUCUCAUCACACAGUUCAGAUCCAUCUCCAGCAGCCUGGACAAGAUGCAGAAGAAGAACAAAACCAUGGGCAUUGCUGGAGGCACAACAGGUGCUGUGGGAGGGGUGACUGCUGUGUUGGGUAUCGCCUUGGCUCCUGUCACCAUGGGUGCCUCGUUGAUUGCUACAGCUGUUGGUGCUGGUAUGGUGGCUUCUGCUGGCGGUAUGGGUGCCCAUGCUGCCAAAAAGGCAGACCAGAAGACUGUGACAAGAAUGAAAGUUGAGAAACUAGUGAACGACUAUAAGGCAGGUGUUGCUGACCUGGAACAUUGCCUGGAUUUUAUCCUCUGUGGGAUGAAUGAGCUGCAGAGACAUGACAUCGCCAGGUUACAGAGGGCAGGAGUCCAGGCUGAUGCGCUGAAGAUGGCGCAGCUGUCACAGUCUGUGAUCGGGAAUUACAUAAAACAUGACAGGAAGACUCCUGUUGCACACACAAGUGGGAUGUCAUCUGAGAGACUACUUCAGGGUUUUGCCAAGGAAAUUGAUCAGUAUUUCUCAGAAAAGAAUGAUCAGAAGCUGAAGAAGUCAAGUAAGAGUAGGUUUUCUGGUAGGGUCCACCUGCUGGCUGAAGAUCUGCAAAACGAGCUAGAUCACCUUAAUAAGCUGUGGGAAAAGUUUAGUUGAAACAAAUAACUUUUAGUUAGUUUGUGUGUAUGUGAAAGAGGUAUGUUUUAAAAUGUUAUAAACGAUGCAACUGGUCAUUUAAUACCUCAUGUACCACAUAUAUUUUAAUAAACAUUUUAUAUUUAUAAAA